UGCUUCCUGCUUAGUAAACAACACACCCUGUAAGACAGUCCGCCCAGCAACAACUGCCGUUAGCCAAUCAGCUUGCCUUGCCUACUUUAAUAUGAUUGGACACUGUAUCCGUAUAUAUACUGGUGCCACCCUUGGGGAGAGGCAGAAUAGGAAGGAGAAUAGGAGAGAAUAGAGUAAGAGAGAAGAAGCACAGAGAGAAGCACGCAAGGAGCCGCGGAGGGCGGACCAGAGGAGGCUUCCCUCGGGCGGGAUCGGGGAUCCCGGAGCAGGCUGUACGGAGAGAGAGAAUAAACGGAAAGGCUGUCCGCCAACAACUCUUGUCGUGUGCUUUUCCUGCCGGCCGGGACCGACACCGACAAUUGGUGGCCCGUACGGGGAACUGAUCACCCCCGAGACGAGGCGGACAACGCUCCAGUACUGCACUGCAGGACAGGAACCAGGAAGAGAACCAUUGUGGGUUCCAGAACGGCUGACGCGCGUAGCGAAUCCAACGGAGCGCAAUGCAGGGGACACUCCAAAACUCAACGGCAACGAACAGCCCGGUCAAGAUCGGUCCGACCAGGAUACUGCUGCUCGACCGAGCGAUACCGUAUGACUUCUGGAGCACAAUAAUGAUUAUGCUCUCUAUAGUAAUUGGUUCUCUUUUAGGGUACGGCGCAGCCAGAAUGGCUAGGCCACGCCGCCUCCCGGCAACCCCUUUCCUCCUGGCUCUGAUGCUCACCACCACCACUGAAAUAGGAGCAGACCUGGUAUGGGCGGCAAUACACCAUCCGCCAGCGCUGGCCAUGAUUUCUACUACAGCCCCCUCUCUCCCAAAGCUGUACGCAAAAAACUGCUCCGCCAGAUUGCCCUGCAUACCAGAUAUACCGCUAACCAUCAAACCCAUACGUUUUGACCUCCCCAUCACUAAUGAUGUGGUCAUCUUUUCCACUGUUAGCUACCCCUCAUGUCAUCUGGGAUCAUGCAUAGGCUUCCUGCCCUUUUUUAUAAAAUGGCACGACACCUCCCUGAUGGUAAAGUUGUCCGCCCCAUUUCUGUAUCCGCCUGAAUGUUCGGGUAAACACGCUAGCCAACUAGCCUGUAGACCCCGAGCAGCCAUGCACACCCGUCCCGAUUUUCCCACAUGCCCGUACCGUGUAUCCCCAAGCCGUAAAAGACAGAUGGUGGAUCUGUCACAACUUUCGUGGCAGCCCUGCACUGUCGAUGGCGUGGGAGUUACUUAUCUAAACAUGUCUUGGUGGUCCCGGUUCUCUCUUCCACGCAGUACAGACAUACUCACUGUGACUGGGUGGGAGUCACAGCGACACCAAUAUUUUGAUGGCGCUGUGACUUGGUGGGAGCCCUACAAGGAAAUAAGCAACAAUUUGGCAACAAGUUUCCCCUUCCCCCUUAAUGAAAAUUGGUUAUGCCUCUCCACGGGAGCCUGCAUGGACUUAAGACCUGUGCUUGCUAUUAACGCCUCUGCCUCUAAUGGAACCACCAAUGUCACCCUUAACUCUGAGGCCGCAUGUGUAAAACCGCCCUACUUAUGGGUGUUCUCUGUUGACAUCACCUUCAAGUGCAGUAACCAAUCUUGUUUUACAGGGAACUGCUGGAAUGGGUCUUUCCCGUAUGCUAUGCUGGCUCUUCGACCCCCACUGAUGUGGGUUCCCUUUAACGAAUCUGUUUGGGUUCAUCCCGUCUACCAACAGGACCAGCUACCCAUGCUCAGGCAUAAGAGGGAUUUUGGGAUCACAGCGGCCUUGGCAGCACUGUUCGUGACUCUGACUGCAACGGCUGUGACGGCUGCCGUUGCUCUGACUCAGUCCACGCUGACGGCGCAGGCCUUUGCCAAUCUUACAGACACCACCUCCUUGGCGCUGAGGGAACAGCAAGAAGUUAACCUCCUCCAGCACAACGCCAUAAUGGCACUACAGCAACAGAUCGACCUAAUUGCCCAAGAAGUCCAAGGACUUUGGGAGGUGGCUAACAAUUUGUGUGACGCCAGAUGGGCAUUCACCCAGUUAUGCGUUACCCCCAUUCAGGUUAACCGUUCGGCCUACAAGCAAUUUCAGGAUUAUGUUCUCACCACCUACAAUUCCUCCUUUUGGAAUGCUAGCGUGCGCCUAGAUAUGACCAUCCGGCAGCUAGAUCAGAUAGAAGUACCUAUACUUACAGCCUCCUUUUUUGAUGAUGUCCUAGGCCAGAUAGGCUCUUUCUUCAAACCCUCAUCACUUCUUGUGUAUGGGAUCAUUCUUGUUCUCAUGGUUGUCGCUCUCGUGACCCUCAGGUGCCUGCGGUCGAUAAGGACGACCCAAAAGACACAUAUGGCACUGAUGAUAUUGCUGGCCCAGAGUCAAGGGGAUUCCACUCCUAGUGCUUUCUGGGCUCAGGCCAGGAAGGCACGACUCCAAUGGUGAUUACUUAGUUCCUCAGUGUCACUCGGCGGACCCCUUCGUAUCUCCCCCAAA